AUGGCAGCUAAUGCAGCCAAAUAUGUGGAGAAUUGUGCGCUUUGCUUCAGCUGUAGUUGGAAUGUUUUGUUACUCUCAGAGCUUGUCUUUCAACCAAUUACUGGGGAAGUGGACUUGGUGGAAGAUAUUAAUUUAUACUGUUUUAAGUUUCUUCAUUUGCCUUGGCGUCUUGCUCACAAAGAUGCAUACAGCGUGCUUUCAUGGGGUGCUUUUGCAAUUAUGUCACUCGGUUUGGCAAGACAGACUCAUUGUGGAUUCGAGGUUGAUCUCCUUUAUUUUUUCUGUGGAGGUCUAAUGGUACAACUCAUGACAAUAAAAUUAUGGUUAGUUAUUGUUGGAGGAAGUUUCAGUUAUUCAUUGAUCAUUCUUAGUUCAUCUUUGGAUGCCCCACUUGGAAGUGUCAUUCAAAUGGAUUCACCCCAAGCCAAUUUUGGUAUUGAUGGUGAUUUGGAAGACCCACUUGAAAACGUAGAAUUCCAUGACGCACCUAUUAAUAGUAAUGCUUCGCAACUCUAUUGCUAUGAUCAUUCUUUUAUGCUACUUGAAUCAGCACGGCUUACUUGUUAUGUACUACUUUCUCUUGUUUAUGUAGAUGCAAUGCAGAAAGUGAAUUAUGGUAUAACUAUGUUUGAAAUUGAAUAUGAAGAUUGGGUUGAAGAGCAAGAUAGACAGCAUGGAGAACUGAAAAAUGCGUUGCAAACUAAUGCAUCUGAUAUGCAGCUUGGUCUACUUGUUCAGAGUAGCUUGAACCACUACUCAAAUCUUUAUAGGAUGAAAGUAGAUGCUGCAAAGGUUGAUGUCAUUUAUAUAAUCUCUGGUGUAUGGAAACCAUUAACAGAACGCUUUUUUCUUUGGAUUGGAGGAUCUCGCCCAAGUGAGCUUAUAAAAAUCAUUGUACCACAGCUUGAGCGUUUGACUGAACAACAAAUUAUGAGCAUUCAGAGUCUUUUCCAUUCAUCUCAGCAAACUGAAGAAGCUCUUACACAAGGGUUUGAGCGGCUCUAUCAUUCUCUGGUAGACGAAAUAGCAACAGAUCCGCUGGUUGUAGGAACCAACGAAGUUUUCAAACUCGAAACACUAGAAUGUUUUGUAAAUCAGGCAGAUCUCCUUAGGCAAGAAACUCUGCUGCAAAUGUCUCGCAUCCUUACAAUUGGUCAAGCUGCUCAAGGCUUGCUGGCUAUGGGGGAAUACUUUCAUGGACUUCGCACACUUAGCUCAUCAUGGAGUACUCGUUCAAGAGAUCCUGGCCACCCUACUCAACUAUCAAAUUAA